AUGAGUCCAUGCUGGAGCCUUGCUCACUGCGUAGUCCUUUUAGGCACCGUGGGCAGAAGCAGCUUGGUCGCGGGGCCCAUAGAGGGCGGCAACCGUCCACAGAGACCUCGUCGACUGGCACUGGCAGCUCCGGUGCUGGAGCGGGUCUCGGUGGUCCUGAGCACUGGGGCCACUGCAGAGCUCUCCUGGAGAUAUACCCAGCUCAUGUACUCCUUGACCAUCCCCCAGGAGGCGAUUGCCGCUGCACUGCUAGUAGUUCUCCGCAGCGGCUACACUGCCACGAUGAGGCUCUUGAGGCCGGAGGACAACUUCGCUGAGACAUUGCGCUCGGGUGUGACCUCGGCCUUUGCCGAUGUGCCCACGGAAGAGGCUGCAGAGCUGGUGCUGGAGGUAAGCCAUCAAUCUCGGGCAACCAAUUACACGAUUUUGGUCCUGCGAUCCACGAUCACAUCCAACUUCAAGUUUCGGCUCUCCGACCCUGCGGCCUCCGCGUCUCCGCUGGCCACCUUGACGGGCCUCUCCGUGCUGGAUGGCCAGGGACCGUUGCCAAUGCGGCCCAUGUACUUCGACCCGCAGAGGAGCCAAUAUUUGGCCUUCGCCCAGCUGAACACUGGAGGACGUUCGCGCUCCGUGCGUUUGGUCGCCUCCAAGAACGACCCGAAUGCCACACUGCGCUUACGUGUGGAUGGGACCCAGUGGGAGCCGCUUGAGUCGGGAAUACGCACGAGGUACAUCGAAGUUCCACGCCAUGCCUGGCUUCAAGUGGAGAUCGAAGUGGCAUCUCCAACAACCGCAGUUUUGGUCUAUGAGAUCUUGAUCACCCGCGAGUUGCUUUGCCACGUGAUGUGUCGCACCUGCUACGGGCCCAAGGACACGCAGUGCUUGUCCUGCAGGGCACCGUUGCUUUUGAACAACGGAAGCUGUUCGCAAACCGCAUGUCCGCCAGGCAAGUACUACGACUGGACAACCUAUCAAUGCCAGCCUUGCCAUGAGACCUGUGCACAGUGUGAAGGCCCAGCAUCAUCGGCCUGCACCCAGUGCCCUGCCCUUUAUUUGCUCUCACCGCCGGUGGGACAGGAGGAUGCCCGCAUGGCGCCCUGCGUGCUGCGCUGCUCCACUGGCCGCUUUGCACACCCCAAGAGCCGCCGCUGCCGAAAACCGCCCACAGCACCGGUGAAGAGCUUUUACCUCCAGUUCAAGUUCCGGAGCACAUUUGAGGCCUUUGCCGGAGACGCCCUGAUCCAAGAAUCUGUGGUCAACACCACGGCCUUCGUCUUGGGACUCAGUUUGUCUGACGUCCGCGCCUACCGGCUGGAGCCUUUAAAGGAGCUCAACGGCAUCAUGCUUGAAGACUAUUUGCCGCAGAUGAUGGUAGAAGUGGUGUCACCCUUCCUCCUCAAGGAUGAGGCGGACGCCAUCUUGGUGGACUUGUGGUUCGGAGCUUUUGAGGUGCCCCUGGAUGAAGUCACCAGCUUCACCUGGGACGAGGUCCAUCCACCUUUGCCGCCUCUGCCGCUGGAGCCGUUUCUGCCGGUUUGGCUCUGGGGGCUCAUCACUUCAGCCUCCUCAGCGGUCGUGAUGUUGAUCCCCCUGUACUGCUGCUACUUCCGUCGUUUGUCCAGCACCCGGCGUAAGUACCGCCCAACCGCAGGGGUUGACCCCUCCUUCAUGGAGAAGGUGGUGGCACAGUCCGAUCCGCGCGUGGUGCGCCGCUUCGUGGCGCGGGAGGCCGGCGCGCAGCUGCUGAGGGACUCCGACUGA